AUGGCCCAGUCACAGCCCUUCACUGUUGUCGAGUCUGGCAACACCCAGCCCAAAGCCUUUAUCAUUGUUGGCGGCGGCGUUUUUGGCUUGUCGACUGUUAUCUGGCUCCUCAAACGCCAUCCCGGAUGCACCGUAAUCCUCGUUGACCCUACCGAGCUCUCCAACCCCAAAGCGGCCUCUCAUGACAUCUCCAAGAUCCUCAGGGAUGACUACCCCAACGUGUGCUACGCCCCCUUGGCUAUAGAGGCCAUGGACUGCUGGAGAACGAACGGCCUCUUCAAGGACUAUUACCACGAAGUCGGUGUGCUUCGUGCGGAUCCGGAUGGCCACAACGAGAAAGCUCAGAGCGCGCAUCGCAGUCUUGGGCACGACUCCGGGCCAGCUGGAUGA